UCAAUUAUUUAAAAGCAGGACCUUCCCUUCCCGGUGCAAGUCACCCCCAACCUUCCAGCGGUUGAACUUGCGACGUUAUCUCCCGGUCAGUACUCUCCUCCUCCCUUGGUUAAAUUAAUGUUGAUCAAGAGAGAAAUGUCACGAUGGCACAAAGAGCAUUUCUCAGCCUCUUCCAGAAAGUUUCUCUCGUCUUCGCCCGGAGGAAAUACCAGCAAGUCUUGGAGGGCGAGACAUACACAGAGCUCCAAGAAGUAGAAGUUAACACCAAAAAAGAACCAAUUCUUUCAGUGUCUUCUAAGGAAGCCAGCACAAGACAAUUGGAUGAGUUAAUAAGUGACCUUCAGGCUGAUUUGGAAAAUGGCCUCGCGGAUGGUCAGGUGCUUGAACGUCACCAGCAGUUUGGAUGGAAUGAUUUUGAAGUGGAUAAGCCAGAACCAAUUUGGAAGAAGUACCUUGGCCAGUUCAAGGAUCCCCUGAUUCUGUUGCUUUUGGCUUCUGCGGUUAUUAGUGUUAUCACUAACGAGAUUGAAGAUGCAGUGAGCAUAACAGUGGCUAUAGUAAUUGUGGUCACGGUUGCCUUUGUGCAGGAGUACCAUUCUGAAAAGUCUGUACAAGAGCUAGGCAAACUAAUCCCUCCAGAAUGUAACUGUAUCCGUGGAGGAAAGGUGGCACACCUGCCAGCGAGGGAACUUGUGCUGGGUGACACCGUGUGCAUUUCCAUUGGAGAUCGAGUCCCUGCAGAUAUCAGACUGUUUGAGGCUGUUGAUUUAUUGAUCGAUGAGUCAAGUUACACUGGUGAAUCCGAGGCCAGUAAUAAGAGUACUGCAUCUUUGCCAGAAUCUGGAGAUACAACUUCUUUUCAAAACAUUGCAUUUAUGGGAACCCUAGUGCAAUAUGGGAAUGGAAAGGGCAUUGUGAUUGCAACUGGUGAAAACUCUGAGUUUGGAGAAGUUUUUAAAAUGAUGCAAACUGAGAAGGCUCCAAAGACCCCCUUACAAAAAAGCAUGGAUAAGUUAGGGAAGCAAUUAUCGCUGUUUUCAUUUUCAAUAAUAGGUUUAAUGAUGCUGAUUGGUUGGUUACAAGGGAAGAGUCUCCUUGGCAUGUUUACCAUAGGAGUUAGCCUGGCUGUCGCGGCUAUUCCAGAAGGCCUACCAAUCGUUGUCACGGUAACAUUAGCUCUAGGUGUGAUUCGAAUGUCGAAAAAGAGAGUCAUAGUAAAGAAACUUCCUGUGGUGGAAACGCUGGGUUGCUGUAAUGUCAUCUGCUCCGAUAAGACUGGCACCCUUACAGCCAAUCAGAUGACUGUAACACGAUUACUUGCAUCAGAUGGCACGCAGGCAGAGGUAACUGGUACAGGAUACAAUGGAAAGGGUGAUGUUCAUUUGUUACCCAGUGGAGAACUCAUAAAGGCAUUCUCCAAUGUGUCAAUAGGAAAACUGGUUGAGGCUGGAUAUUUAUGCAAUAAUGCUGCAAUUAAUGAAGACACCUUGAUAGGACAGCCAACAGAAGGAGCCUUAAUUGCACUUGCAAUGAAGAUGGACCUUGAUCAGGCUGAGCAGAACUAUAUAAGGAAGAAGGAAUAUCCAUUUAGUUCAGAAAAGAAAUGGAUGGCUGUUAAAUGUGUCCAUAAAAGUCAGGAAAUUGAAGAAAUUUACUUCAUGAAAGGUGCAUACGAGGCAGUUAUUCAGUAUUGUAGCAAGUAUAACAACAGUGGCAUGCCGGUACCGCUCACACCUCAACAGCGGGCGUUGUACGUCCAACAACAAGCAAAACUGGGAGAAGCGGGCCUACGUGUGCUGACUCUAGCUGUUGGAUGUGAAUUGGGCGAACUUACCUUCUUAGGAUUCAUUGGUAUAAUUGACCCACCAAGGACUGAAGUCAAAGCAGCGGUUCAAAUGCUUCAGAAUUCUGGAGUUGCUAUAAAGAUGGUCACUGGAGACUCCAUGGCAACAGCCAUUUCAAUAGGGAGAAGUAUAGGAAUUUAUAAUGAUGAUAUGGAGGUCAUGUCUGGCGAGCAGUUGGAUCAAAUGAAUAAUGAGGACCUUUCUCAUCUGGUCAUGAAGGUGGCUAUAUUCUUCAGGACAAGUCCAAAACACAAGCAGAACAUUGUAAAGGCUCUCCAGAGCAAUAAUGCAGUUGUGGGGAUGAUGGGGGAUGGUGUGAAUGAUGCAGUUGCUCUCAAGUCUGCUGACAUUGGAAUUGCCAUGAGAGGAACAGGAAGUGACGUCAGUAAAGAAGCAGCAGGCAUGAUCCUAGUGGAUGAUGACUUUUCAUCCAUUUUGUCUGCAGUGGAGGAAGGCAAAGGAAUCUUUUACAACAUUAAAAAUUUUGUGUGGUUUCAACUGAGUACGAGUAUUUCAGCAUUGAGUUUGAUUGUUCUGUCGACGGUAUUUAACAUGCCAAAUCCACUAAAUCCAAUGCAGAUUUUGUGGAUCAACAUCAUUAUGGAUGGCCCUCCAGCUCAAAGCUUGGGUGUUGAACCAGUUGACAAAGAUGUAAUUAAACUGCCUCCAAGAAAUAUCAAAGAUUCUAUUCUUAAUAAAGGCCUACUUAUUAAAAUAUUAUUCUCAGCAGUUAUAAUGAUGAGUGGGACCCUUUUUGUUUAUUGGAAAGAGCUUCCUGAAGGGAAGAUUUCUACAAGGACCACAACCAUGACAUUUACCUGCUUUGUCUUCUUUGAUAUGUUCAACGCUUUGAGUUGUCGCUCCCAGACCAAAUCAAUAUUCAAAAUAGGCCUAUUCCGUAACCGUGUGUUUGUUUACACUGUGCUUGGCUCACUUCUUGGACAAAUGGCUGUCAUCUAUUUCCCGCCCCUCCAAAGAGUUUUCAAAACAGAGGGUCUUGGAGCACUUGACUUGAUGUUCCUGGUUGCCUUGGCCUCUUCGGUUUUCUUUGCAUUGGAGCUAUGGAAGUUAAUUGAAAGAAUAUGGCUGUCAGCUACUGCAAGGAAAAAUAGUCCAAAUUUCGAGGUGCAUCCAUGUAAAUAUACAGUUGAAGGAUUGUAAACCUCCAUAUUGUGAAAUGUAAUGUUGAUUGACCUGAAGGUCUUUUCUGUGAUACAGUGGAAUUGCACUUGGGGAAACCGCUUUCAUUUCCAGAAUGCACUGAUGCC